CUUUGAAUAUUUGCCGCACAAACGAAUCCUAUUGCAGUGUUCUUUUCAAAAUUAAUGUUACUCUUUCGAGAAGACAAUUGUUAAAACUUAAUUUCUACACUUUAUAAAUAGGAUAUUUACAAUGUCUGUUUUUAACGCGCGGCAGUUUCUAGGUGCAUUGUAUAAACGUUACAUAAUUUCAUUGCCAUCGAUAAAUUUAUCUAGAACACAAAAAAUUUUUAUUAUCUGUUUAACUGGAGGGUCAUUGCUUCUGGGAGGCUUGGCACAGUUCUUAAAAAGACGAAGAAGACAUCCUCUUCCCCCUUCGAGGAGACCUUUCAGAGAUUUAAAGCAAAGAUUUGCAAAUGCAAAGAACUCCAACUUUGAUGCGGUGUCCCAAGUUUCUUGGGCAAGAAGGAGCGAGGCAAGCAGUAGGAGUCACAUAAGCGAUCGAGCAUCGCUCAUAUCUUCUGUCCCUGGAGGUCCAGAUGGUGAUGUAAGACUUACUCCCCAACAGUACGGUGUUCUUGGUCUGGAGGCGCUGGAAAAGGCUCUGUACUGCUGGGAGGAUGCACUCACGGCGUUCAGCUCUUCUCUCAGCAAUGACACGCUCGCGUUACCGUCCAAGGCGGAUGCAGCGUUCACGCACGACGUCCAAGAGCUCCUCGACAUGGGUUAUCAAAUCCAGACCCACGCGGAACUGCUCUUUAUCGACCAGCACUCGGUAUUGUUCCGCAAUGAAAGCGAGGAAGGCCUGGACAGCCAUAAACCUUCGACCAUCGGUAGCCGAAUCUCCGGGAAGGACAAAGCGGACGCCGCGUCUUCUCCCGAGUCGUUCGAAUCUGCACGCGAUGGUGUGGCAGAUCUGCGCGAGUUCGAAGAAUUUUCCGAGUUCUUCCCACACUUUGAGAAGCAGAAGCUUUACCAUACUGCGCUGAAGCAGCACGAGGAUAAAAGUAUCCUCUGCAGACGAUUGCACACAGAAUUAGUUAAAUGCGGCUCCGACGUUGAGUAUUUAGCCAAGGUCCAUUGUCUGCGACAAGCGUACACAAAAUUGUUUACCAUACCAUCAGCGAGAGUGUGGAUCGCGGAUAUAGGUCGACAAGUCAUUAGUGAUUUGAUCAUGUAUGCAGACAGGGAUCCUAAGGAUUACUUGAUACAUUACGAACGGAUGAUGGAGUUCUUGCAAAAUCCAAGCAACCACAGCAUCAUGGAGGAAGAGCUGACGGGAAGGGGCGUGAAAUGCAUGAAUUUCUACGACAUUCUUAUCGACUUCAUCCUUUUGGAUGCGUUCGAAGAAGUGGAGAAACCGUCCUCGUCGAUCAAAGCUAUUUUACAAAAUAGAUGGAUAUCUGCUAGUUUCCGUGAAACCGCGAUUGGAACUGCCGUUUGGUCCAUUCUUGUUGGCAAAAGACAAAUGUUGAAGUAUGACAAGGGAUUCUUGGCAUGCUUCUAUUCCAUUUCCGAGCAAAUUUCCCCGGUACUUGUCUGGGGAUUUUUAGGCCCGGAGGGCAGUUUACGUUCUACGUGUCAUUACUUUAGAGAUCAAAUUAUUGAAUUCCUUGUAGACAUAUUUAAUUUUUUCAAAGUGAGGUAUACUAGCGUUGAUAACCUCGCUGAAGAUGUACUCAGGGAAAUGAAGGUAAGGGUUGAAAAUAUAAAUCAAAGACUUUCAUUGGAAGGCUGUUAAUCCAGCGUAUGGAAAUAGAUGCUGAGAAGAAAUAUUUAUUUACGCGGACAAGUGGUAGACUUAAAUAAAUGCGGCGGUAAUCGACGCGCGCGAAACAUUAAUCUUCAAAAUUGCUGCGUAGUAUAUUCAACAUUACAUGUGUAUUUAUUUUAAUCGAAACAUGUUCUGUAGCCUCGGUCUACGUUUGUAUUGAAAAUGCAACACAAGAAUGUUAUCAGACUCCUUUUUGUUACCACAAUUAUAGACCUUUCAUUAUUUGUAUAUGGAAGCAUGUCUGUUGAAUUGAUAUUAAUAUAUACAUAUAUAUAUAUAUAUAUAUAUACGUAUACCGUUAACAUAGUAUCAAUUUAAAGAGAUCAAAAGAGAAUUUAAAUAUAAUUAUUUAUGAUUUUAUCUUUUUCAUUUACCGCAUUUAUCAUAGACAAUUCACCUAUUUGCAUUCAUAACGUGCCUCCAAUUUACAUGGUCGUUGUACCCAUGAUGCAAACGGGUCAAUUAAAAAAUUAUUACCAUAUUUGUAAAUAAUUAUUGUUCAUUGCAUUUCUUGCGUACCUUACUUUUAAAUCUACAAUUUUAGUACAAAGACACGUGCAAAAUGUAAUUUGCUUGUUGUAAAAUUCAAUUUUUAUAGACUAUUAUUAUUUGGGAAUCGGACGAAGAGAGUUUUACAUAGAUGUAGCAAAUUGUGAUUUUUAGCACAUAACUGUCAUAGUUCCUUGCAUACUUCGUAAAGUAACGCUAUUUGUAAUAGCGUCAGGGCACUAAAAUGACAUAUUUGUUAAUAAUUAUUUAUUUCUAUUUGCAUUUUGUCUAGACAGUUACUGAGGAUGAUAUUUAGUAAUUUAAAUUUGCACUCUAUAAAUUUGUCAUUUAUUUACCUUUAGCAUACACAUUGCAUGUAUUAUCUAGAUAAUAUCUGUUUUCCUUAUAUUAAAAUUAUUGUAGACAAUUUUCUGUGAGAAAAUCAUAUUACACAUUGCCAAAGAUAAGAGCAUCAUAUUACCAGUGGACGACUGAUGACUAGUAUAUAUAUACAUACAUAUAUAUCUCUAUUGUGUAUUAUCCUUGGUUAAAACUUCGACUAUGUUAUACCUCAUACAUUAUACUAUAAACAUAGCAUACAAACAUUCCAGUUACUGUUAUUGUGAAAUGUAUAAGUUACAGCAAAUUUUGUAUAUAUGAGAAUAUAUAAUGUAAAAAUUA